AAGGUCAUAUUGAUAGAGCAUGUCUAAAAAAACAAAACGGAAUUAAUUUAGUCAAUGACAACUUAUUAGAAAAUGAAGAUUUGGAUAGUUCUGAUUUAGAUUUUUAUUAUAUGCAGCAAAACAAUUUUACUGAAUUUCAGCUAAGAAAAUUCACAAGGCAGAUAUUUCAUUGUCCAGCUAUGACAGAACAAAGUUGAAUGUAAUGGGUAUGUUGACUGAUCUUAAGGUGCAUUUCGAAGGGGUUGAAGCAAAUUUGAAAGCUUACGUUUUAGCAGGUAACGGGAAAAAUUUAAUAGGAAGGCAAUGGCUUCAAGCCUUAGGUAUGUGGCCGAUAACUUUUAAACCUCAGUUUGCGUUGAAUUGCUUGAAUGAUCAUAACAGUAUUAUUUCACAUUUUAAAUCAAAAUAUCCCCAAUUGUUCGAUAACAGCCCAGGUAAAUAUAAAGGUAAAUCUAUUAAACUAACUUUCAAAAAAGAUUAUCAGCCAAUUCAAUGUAAACCUUAUCAUGUCCCUUUCGCUUUGAAAGACAAAGUAGAUGCAGAAAUCGAUCGUUUGGUAAGAAUAGGUAAUUUGGAACAAGUUGAGGUGAGUGAAUGGGCUACUCCAGUAGUUCCUGUGGUGAAAGGGGAAGGAGUUCGUUUGUGCGGAAAUUUUAAAUUAACAGUGAAUCCUCAAAUAAUUGUUAAAAGAUAUCCAUUACCCUUAAAAGAAAAAGUGUUUCAGACGUUACAGGUUGGAACCAAAUGGUCCCAAAUUGAUUUAAAACAUGCAUUUAUGCAAUUUGAAGUUGCUGAAAAUUGUAGAGAUCCAUUGACAAUAAUCACACAGAAAGGUUUGUUUAGGUACAAAAAAUUGCCAGAGGGUGUAGCCUCCAGCCCAGCAGAAUGUCAAGAUAUUGUUACUGAUAUUUUGAAAGGUAUUCCGAAUAUUGAAAUUUACAUAGAUAAUAUUUAUUGCACAGGAAAGAAUGAUUCAGAGCAUCUCGAUAAUUUAGAAAAAAUAUUUUAUAGGUUAAAUGAAGCAGGACUUAAAGUAAACGAAUCAAAAUGUGAAUUUUUCAGGUCUGAAAUAGAGAUAUUAGGAUUCAAAUUGGACAAAACGGGUUUAUCACCAUCUCCUAGUAGAAUUCAUUCAAUUGUGAAUAUGCCUUCUCCAAAAACAAAAAAAGAACUUCAAGCAUUUUUAGGGUUAGUAAAUUUUUACGAGUCAUUUUUGUAUAAGCGAGCUGAUCAACUAAAGGUAUUGUACGAUGUUUUGAAAGAGAGCAAAUUUUAUUGGAAUUCUAAUUGUGAUCAAGCAGUUAAUUGGGUAAAGAAGGAAUUAGCAUCGGAUAAAGUUUUGGUUCCAUAUCAGCAAGAUAUUACUUUAGUAUUGGCUACAGACGCAAGUUACUCAGGGUUGUCAGCUAUUUUGUCUCACAGAUUUUCAGACGGUACAGAGAGACCAAUUGCCUUUGCUUCUAAAUUAAUACCUCAUAAUGAGUUACAUCGAUCUAUUCUAGAUAAAGAGGCAGCAGCUAUAAUUUUUGGGUUUAGAAAAUUUUAUCAUUAUAUUGUUGGUAAUGAAAUUAUUCUUAAAACUGAUAAUCAACCUUUAAAGUAUAUAUUUGGUAAUUCGAAGAAAUUGAAUGUUACAAUUCAGAAUAGGUUGUUAAGAUGGAUAUAUUUUUUAUCGGGUUUCAAAUACAAGAUUGAAUUGAUUUCAUCAUCUAAAAACAGUAAUUGUGAUGCGCUUUCCAGGUUAGCAGUGCGAGAUAAGAUGGCUGUGUUUGAUUCUGAAUUAGAUGUUAUAAACUUUAUUGAAAAUGAAAGUAAUUUGAUUGAUUUAAAUUUGAUUAAGCAAGAAACAAAAAAAGAUAAGGUUUUAUGUGAUGUGAAAAGAAAGUUAAUGUUUGGAUGGGUAGAAAAUUCAAAUGAUAUUUCUUUGGAAGAGAAAAAGUAUUUCGAUAAGAAAACAGAAUUAAGUAUUGAAAAUGAAUGUCUUGUUCGAGGUUCUAGACUAAUAAUACCAAAAGCAUUGCGAAAAACUUUAUUGAAAUCACUUCACCAGUCUCAUUUUGGUAUUGUUAGAAUGAAACAAGUAGCUCGUUCGUUUUUUUGGUGGCCGGGUUUGGACGAUGAUAUAGAAAAAUUAGCAAAUAGUUGUGAGUUAUGUGUGAAAAAUAGAAAACAAAAUAACAAAAUCAGUACUUUUCAAUGGCCAUUUCCAUCUAACCCAUGGUCCAGGUUACACACUGAUUUUUUAGGACCUAUUCAAGGAAAUAUGUUUUUAGUCAUAGUUGAUGCACACAGUAAAUGGCCUGAAGCUAUAAAUAUGAAAAAUAACACCUCAGCUAGUAAAUUGAUUGAAGUUUUUGAUUCUAUUUUUUCGAGGUUUGGAUUAUGUGAUCAUUUAGUCUCAGACAAUGGUCCACAAUUUGCAAGUGAAGAGUUUAAUGAAUUUUUGAAAUCGUUAGGUAUACGGCACACAUAUUCUCCACCCUAUCACCCAGCAACUAAUGGAGCAGCAGAAAAUUUUGUGGGUACAUUUAAAAAUAAGGUUUUGAAAAUUACAGGAGAGGGUAAGUCAUUGAAUUUUGCUGUGAAUUCAUUUUUGUUUGAUUAUCGUACAAUGAAGCAUUCGACAACGGGAAAAUCACCAUCAGAUAUUAUUUUCAAAAGGGAGAUUAAAACGAGGUUUCAUCUUUUAAGAGAAAAUUUAGUUAGUGAAACAUCUUUUAAACAAUUCAAUAUGUCAGAUAAAAAUAAAAUAAGUAAAAUUGAUUUCAAGUUGGGAGAUGUGGUUUUAGUAGAUGUUUACAACAAUAAUAAGAGGCACCGAGUACAAGCAAAAAUCGUUGAAAAAUUAUCACCAGUUACAUUUAACUUGUUAUGUGAUGGAGGACGAAUUAUAAAAAGACAUGUUAAUCAAAUGUUGAAAUUUUUAAGUAAUGACAAUGAUAUAAAUAAAGACUUGAAAGAUGAUAUAAGUAUAAGGAGAUCUGAACGCUUGAAAAAUUUAAAUAAAUGAAAUUAAGAUCCAGAAUUUCUGUUUAUAUGUAUAUUGUAACUAGUUCUAUAUUGCAUAAUAAUUGUAUAGUAAUGAUAAUUGAUUAUAUAAUGUAUAAU